GUCAUGUUAAUGGCAUUGAAGGUCUGUGCUGUGCAAGUGGAGCUUCCUUCUAAUCUUAACUAGUGUUCAGAAACUAAGGGUUGGUUUCUCAGGUACUCCUUGGUACUUGCUUAUUUCUUUUCGUUUUUAAAACCUAUUGCAUGAGCAGCAUAUAAGAAAAAGAACAAGUUACUGUUAAGAGAUGCAGUUUAUAAGGUUUCUGGUGAGCUUCAUUAUGUCAGCAGCAUAUUUUAUCAGAUUUAGCUAUGGGGAAUUGUGUGUGGGAUCAUUUUGUCACCCAGACAGUUUGACGAAUAUCCAACUUCUUAACAACAACAACAACACUGUAAAAAGUUCAGAAAAAAUUUCAUUUCAAGGCAUCGCUGACAGCCGAAAGUUAAAUAAGAAAUGUUGCUAUAAUGGAGGUACUUGUUUCCUGGGAUCAUUCUGUAUUUGCGCCAAGCAAUACACUGGACGUCAGUGUGAAUAUGAAAGGUGGCCACUAGAUUGUCCUGGUGGCAUUUUAAAUGGAGAAUGGGUAGUUAGAGGUUGUCUGUUAUGCAGAUGUUUCUCAGGAGAACUGCACUGUUUGCCUUCUGUUCCAGAAUGUGAGGAAGAAUCUCAGGCUUUCAGAUCCGCGGGAUCAAGUCCAAAACAAAAAUGGAUUGUAUUGAUUGUAACUGUCCUUCUAUUCAAUGUUUUAUGAUAUGCAAUAUAGUUAGUCGCAGACUGAAAUGAAUGUACAGAGCACUGCACUUUAGGAGCUUAUCCUUUUUUUUACAUGUUAGUUAUUCUUGCAUUAUUUUGACAUAUGUUCAGCACCUAUGGGUACAUGCUUUUUUUUAUUUUAACUGCAUCCACUCAACUCUGUCCUUAAGCUUGUGCCAUUAUGAGUUUAUAGGGGCUCUAUAUUUAUUGUAAACUAAAGCUCCUGAUCACCCUUGGAGUUUUUAUUUCUUAAUCUUCCAUAUAAACAUGGACCUUGACAUUUUGGAAGAUAUAAAAUUGUACCUGCUUGAUGGCUUCAUCAUGGUACGCCUAUGAUGGAUUUAUCGUUGCACUCAAGUAUGACAUAGCAAAGUCAACUUUGAAAUGGGUAAUGUAUACUUAAAGACACCUUUUUGAAUAAGAUAAGUGUAGUGGGUCCUGUCCUUUUAAUAAAUUCUUUCAUAGGUCCAACUUAUAGGGCUUUUUGAUAUUUGCCACACUGAUCUCACGUGGCAUGUUGGGGCUAUACCAUUUGGGCAAGACUCAUUUACUCUACUGAAUGAAGGAAAAUUAACUUCUCUCUCUUGUGACUGCGGGCUUUACAGAAAAUGAUAAAUGUAACUGUCCAUACUGGUGGAAAGCUACCAGGCUCAGUUAGUAAAUAGUCCUUUGCAAUACUGAUCGAGAGACCUUGGGGUCAUAUUAAAAUUUAACAGCCAUUGGACAAACUGAGUGGAGAAGCAUGCACAUAAUUUCUAUCAUUCCCAAGAUGAAUAUAGUCAAUCACAAUGCAAAAUGAUCAAACUUGUGUAGGAUAAGUCUUUACUUUUUUUUUUUUUUUUUUUUUUCUUAAGCUAUUUGGGACUGCAACCAACGAACAUUCUUUAGUAGAAAUUAAAAGGAUUUUUUUAUAAGCUUCACUAUAUGUGUAAAUAUUUUGUAUCUCAUAGAUAAUCGGCAUUCUACCUGUAAAUUGCUUUUACACAUCUAUGGGAAUGUUAACAUUUGAUGAUAAAAAAAAAAAAUUGUUUUCAUUUGUUUGUGAAAGGUAUACGGUCUUGCAAUUCAUGUAAAGAAAUCGCUGCUAAACUUUCACUUUUUUAAAAUGAUAGCUAACAUUUUAAAGAGUCUCCGUUCUCUUCUUUUCCUAUCCAAAAUAUAUACCAUUUUACUGCCUUCUUGGGACUGAAAAGCUGUAGCCUGACCAGGGCCCACUCUUCCCCUUUUCCCUGGAACCAAGACACUUAUAAUAAAUAAUAUUGGGCCAUGUCCAAAGAAUGGCCAGAUUGUGGAUAACCAUUGUUCUUGGUGCAUGCAAAGGGCACUAAAUAAGAAAAACUGUUCUGAGGCCUGGGAGGCUGUGGUAGUCCAUUCUCAAGAAGGUUUCUGACCCUCCAGCAUUUUGGAUGAGGACAGUAAGUGGAGUAUUUAAAAGAUACAAAGAUAUAUUUUGACAAAGAACUUCAACAUAAGCUUGUGCCAUACUUUUCUUACAAAAAUAAAAGUUGUAUUGGU